CCACUCCACUCCAUCCGUGUGGGUACACCACACCGUACACGGUUCCCUCGCCUCUCCGAGAGGCGCACGAGAAGAAGCUCAGGCGAAGCGCGAGGCAGAGAAGAGGAUGCCGUGACGGCGGAAACGAAGAAGCCGAGAGAGGGAGGGAGAAGCGAAGCCUUUACAUAUACCCGGCCCCGUCCCAAUGCCCACGGCUUCCGCCGCAUCAGAUCCCAAACCCUAACCCUAGUCGGCCGUCCGUCCGUCCGUCCGCGGGUCCGACGCCGCCGCCGGUGACGCGCGCGAUCGGGCGCCGACGCCUGCUGACGCGCUGUGUGCCGCGUCCGUGAUUCUCUCGCCGCGCAAGGAAUCGUUGCAAAGGGGGAGCUCUGUGCCCAAUCCAAUCCCCUGGCCGCAGCGACGCGCGGCCGCUCGCCCGCGGAUCGGGGAGGGGAGGGAGGCAGGAGCGAGAUGCCGGGGGACGUCGCGACCUCGCCGGCGCCGGCGCCGCCGUCCGUGUCCUCGUCGUCGCAGAACCACCACCAUCACGGCCCCACCACCGCCCGCGGCCUCCUCUGCCACGCCGUCGCCGGCGCCUCCGCUGGUGUGGUGGCGGCGACCUUCGUGUGCCCGCUCGAUGUCAUCAAGACCAGGUUCCAGGUGCACGGCUGGCCCAAGCUUGCCACAGGCACAAUUGGAGGUAGUGUAAUUAUUGGGAGCUUACAGCAGAUUGCUCAACGGGAAGGUUUUCGGGGAAUGUAUCGUGGCCUCUCCCCAACAGUUCUUGCGCUCUUGCCUAACUGGGCGGUCUACUUUACUGUGUAUGAGCAACUUAAAAGCUUGCUUUCUUCCAAUGAUGGAAGUCAUCAACUUUCUUUAGGGGCUAAUGUUGUUGCUGCAUCAUGUGCUGGAGCUGCAACAACUAUUGUAACAAAUCCACUUUGGGUUGUGAAGACAAGAUUUCAGACCCAAGGAAUAAGAGCCGGGUCAAUCCCGUAUAAAGGUACACUUGCUGCCUUGAGAAGAAUAGCACAUGAAGAAGGCAUCCGAGGACUAUACAGUGGUCUGGUCCCUGCCUUGGCUGGUAUCAGCCAUGUUGCUAUUCAGUUCCCUGCAUACGAGAAGAUAAAAGCUUAUCUGGCUGAGCGAGAUAAUACUACUGUAGAAGCAUUGAGUUUUGGUGAUGUUGCUGUUGCUUCAUCUCUGGCUAAAGUAGCUGCAUCAACAUUGACAUAUCCUCAUGAGGUUGUUCGAUCAAGGCUGCAAGACCAGCGAGCACACUCUGAUGCCAGAUACAAAGGUGUAAUAGACUGCAUCAGAAAGGUUUAUCAUAAAGAGGGUGUGGCUGGCUUCUACCGGGGAUGUGCCACAAAUCUGUUGCGGACGACCCCUGCCGCAGUGAUAACUUUCACUAGCUUCGAGAUGAUCCACAGGUUCCUUAUUGAUCUAUUCCCUGCUGAACCUGAACCGCAAAUCCAUCCUCUAAAGCAUUGACCAUACAACACCUGUACCCUAUCCAUGCUGCCAUUGGAGAUUAGGACCCCAGUAACCAUCCAGCAAUGUUGUUACUGUGCCAGAUGUCUCUUGUAAAAGAGAGAGAGGUUUUUUCCCGGAUAUGCGACAGGUAGCUGCCAUUCAAAUCAAAAGUGAAACAAUAGUGUAGGCAGAGCAUUAGCAUCUCUGUAUGUAAUAGAUUUGUUAGCAUGCAUUUGGGGGGAGGUAUAUGUGGCGAUGUUGAGUAUGUUUUCUUGAUGAUGAUGAUGAAAAGAAAAGAAUGUUCCGAUUCCGACAUGAAGGAACGAUUGCUAUAUUCUUUUUCACACCAGUUGUGAAUCCGUGAUUCUCGACCCUAUAAUAAUAUCUUGUGGCAAUUUGCCGGAGUAUGUGAUAAA